AUGGAUCAGACGGUUUCUAAAAAUGCUGAAGGGUUUUGGGAAGCCCCUCUACCUUUCCGUUCUCCAAGGAGAAGACUUCCGGAUAAUCGAACCCAAGCCCUUCAGAGAGCUAAAUCCCUGGAUUUCUCCCUUCGAAAAGAUGAUGCGAAGAAAAAUCAUUUCCUGGAGUUCAUGCGAAAAAUCUUUGAGAACAACCAUGCUGAGAUUGCCCCUCCUUUGACAGAUGGUGAGGAGGCCUGGUACUUACCCAUUUUUGGGGUAUACCACCCAAAGAACCCAACACAAAUUAGAAUAGUCUUCGAUUCAUCGGCCAAAUAUGACAAUGUUUCAUUGAACGAUGUUCUCAUGACUGGACCCGAUUUGAUCAAUAGCCUUCUUGGCGUGUUAUUGCGUUUCCGUAAAGACCUUGUUGCUAUCACUGCUGAUAUCCAACAGAUGUUUUAUUGCUUUGUGGUCAGUGAAAAACACAGAAACUUUUUACGCUUUUUUUGGUAUGAAAAUAAUGACCCAGAAAAGGAAUUAGUGGAGUAUCGCAUGCGAGUGCACGUUUUCGGAAACAGUCCGUCUCCAGCAGUAGCUACGUAUGGCUUAAGGAAAGCUGCACAAUCUGGUGAAGAAGUCUAUGGAUCUGAUGUUGUGAAUUUCGUGAUAAGAAACUUUUACGUUGACGACGGACUGGUGUCUCUACCGACCGCAUCUGAUGCUAUCGACCUCAUGAAAAGGACACAGGAAGCACUGAUGGAAGAAGGAAACUUGCGACUGCAUAAGAUAGCAUCCAACAGCCAAGAUGUUAUGAAUGCUUUCUCCGAGGACGACAAAGCAAGCCAUUUGAAGGACAUUAAUCUUGGUGUUUCAGAGGCCCCAAUGAGGCGCAGUGUAGGCUUGUACUGGAACUUGCAGAGUGACACGUUCACCAACCGUACAUCUUCAGGAGAGAAACCAUUCAGCAAGCGGGGAAUCUUAUCCGUUGUUAAUAGCCUCUAUGACCCCUUAGGGUUCAUCGCUCCAGUGGUAAUUUUAGGCAAAUUGCUUCUGCGGGACCUAAUGGCCAGUACGAAAAGCUGGGACGAGCCACUUCCAGAACAUAUGCGAGACAAAUGGGAACGUUGGAAGAAUUCUCUACUAGAACUGGAUCAGCUAUUGGUUCCACGUACUUACGCUACCAUCUCGUGGAAAGACAUGAUCCGCAAGGAGGUACAUAUAUAUUGUGAUGCUUCAGAGAAAGCGAUAGCAGCUGUCGCUUUUCUGAAAAUGACUGAUACCAAAGGUGGUGUUCAUGUGGGAUAUAUCAUGGGCAAGGCAAAGGCUGCACCCUUGCACCGACACAGCAUUCCAAGAUUGGAACUCUGUGCGGCCGUAUUAGCCGUCCAGAUAUCCGAAACCAUCUCCAAUGAGCUUGACCUUGAAAGAAAUUCAUUCCAUUUCUUCAAUGAUAGCCAAGUAGUGCUAGGGUAUAUACACAACUCUACAAAGAGGUUCUACAUGUAUGUGACAAAUCGUGUGGCCAAAAUAAGGAAGCUUUCUCAACCACACCAGUGGUCGUAUGUCAACACCGAGUCUAAUCCUGCAGAUGCAGCGACCAGAUCCAUUCCUCCUGAUAAGCUUCAAAACAGUCUGUGGUUGCAAGGACCACCCAGCCUGUACGAGCCAACGGAAGAGUCAAAUGAUACCAAAUUUCCGUUAGUAAACGUAGAUCAGGACAAAGAAAUUAGACCACAAGUGCAAGUUCUCAAAACAGAACUUCAUGAGAACACAUUUGCUCUCACCCAUAGCAUUAAAAGGUUUUCUGUGUGGAGAAAUCUAGUCAACACAUUCAAACGCUUGAACAUUUUUGCAAGAACUUAA